AUUUAUGAAUAAUAUGAACCAGGAGGAGAUUGACACUCAAGAAAUAAGUCUUCGGCAUCAAGGUUUUGCCACAGAACCCAGAAUCACUGAAGAAACUAAAGAAGAUUCUCAAAAGAAGCCAUACUUCAUUGAGUGUGAAGACACUACAUCAGAGAAAUCAGAGCCCUACACUAAAGUAAAGUUCAACAAGGUAGUCCAAGUUGUCGAAUACUCUUGUCCCACAGAAUCCAGUAAUAUUGACACUGAAGAAGAGAUUCAAUCCGAAGAAGUCUCCGAUUCGAGUGAUGAACUGCAGUUCAACCCUCCUCCUAUAAACAACAUUAAUGUUGAAAUCGAGAUGGAAAAAGCAAGUAGCUUCUCUGGGAAUAAUCCCUCCACUUUAGAAGUAAUCAAUGGACUCAAAAGCGCUAAUCCAGCUUCUUCGACCAUUUCUAGCAGUGACGAAAAAGACCCUAAAAAUAAUUGACCAGCUGGCCCCUCCUCAAAAUCCUCUAUGAUGACUCGAAUAUUAAUGGCUAAGAAGAACAACGCUCUGAGCCAAGGAAAUGAAGAAAAUGAGAACAAUAACUUACCAGAGGGACCUGUGAAAGACUUAAGCCCUCUAGUUUCCAGAAAUGCAAAUAACACAAAAAUUGGAGGCUCUGAUAUCAAACAGUCCUCCCCUCUGAGUUGGUCGCUUCCUAAGCCGAAGGAGAAUAUCAGUAAGAUCAGGUGCCAGCCAGGUCAGUACCAAAAGAAAGGGUACCUUGAUAAAAUUCUAAAGAAAGGGCGCUAUAAAUCCUUCCUGACCACAUCAGCGAAUGUGAGUGGAAAGAAAGUAAACCAGUCUCGAAAUAAACAUAACUGGAAUAGUAAUGCUUCAGUCUCUCCAUUAUCAUCAUUCAGAGGGAAUUCCACCUGAACCCCGCUCAAGAAGGCUUCCUUUAUCAGCGAUCUGAGCAAGUCUAAAAAUCCUAAGAGGAAAAACCGUAAUAAGAAUUUUGGCUUGAGGAAAUCAAAAUCCACAAAUACCCUAAAUCCUGAGAAAUUGACCCAGAAAUACAGCAAGGAAAGGGAACAACUUGAGAAAAGAGCUAGGGAAAUCAUGAGCCAAAGUAAUAGGUCAUCCUCCCGAAAAAAGAAGGUAAAGGUCGUUUCAAAAAGGAACUCAAGUAGAGACCAACCAAAGACUAAGCCACCAACACUCCGGUCAAGGAGAGUUAAUGACUCCUUGAAGUCUAACCAGACUUCAAGAAAUCUUAUGUCUUCAAGGACUUCUUCGUUCCUGGCUAAGCCCCCUGUGUAUCAGUCAAAACCACUGAGCGCUAAGAGUAUUAAGCAGAGAGCUUUAAAGAAAAGGUCUCUUGACAGAAUAAGAGGGAACAUAAAUAAGGAUUAUAGACUAUCCUGGAUUAAAUAGCAAGAGCAAAGAAGACAAAGAGAAUACCUCGAAUCUUAAUUUCAACAUUCAUCAGCCAGCUUCGUUGACUGAUGAAUGAAAGAAGAGGGUGAAUGAUAUCCCUGAGACUAAAGCUGCUCAGGCUUCUCAAAAUUUGCACAGUUUUACCACCAAUGAGGAUGUAAAGACCCUGUUGUACCAGAACUGCCAAGAAGUGCUCCAAAAGAAAGCGGAUCAACAUACAAUUGAUGAUAUAAGCGCAAUCAAGAAUAGUACAGACCUGGAUGAUGAGAGCAACACUCAGCCUCCUAUAAUGUCGGUUCUCAAAGUUGACUCCUCCUCAAAGGAGGAAAUUGAGUCAAAUCAAUCGUAUGGAUGAUGAUCUGUAGAAAUAGUAAAAAGUACAGUUCACUAUCCGCUCGAUGGGCCUCCAGUAGAAGUUUUACAUUUCAAGAAAGAAAAUCCAAAAUCAAGAAUGUAUCAAAAAUUCAUGACUACAAAUGCUUCAAAAGAUACAGCUAGCAUUCCCACUUCAGAGGGAGUUUGUUUCGAUGCCGCUAAAUCAGAUCCUUUUUUACCUAAAUAAAUUAUCAUUUAAUUCCUGAAGCUCCGUAGAAAGCUCUCCAAACGUCCAAAAACCUCUAAACCAACCAGAAACUCACAAAAUGGGGCAAGAACUUCCUCCAAAGCAGCCACCCCAAAAUCUUCCAAAAUACCCCUUAAAAUCUCCAGAAACCCCUAAAAAGCCUUUAAAAAAUCCAGCUUAUUCCAAAGAGCUCAUUCUUAAGCGGAUCUCAUACCUAAAAUCAAAAACUGGGAGUACUGAAUUCCAAAAUUUCCCAUAAAAUCACAUUUUAACUCAAUUAUCAUUUUCUAUA